GCCUAGGUUAUGCCAUUGGACAUGAAGAUGCUAGAAGGACAGCGUUCCCUACAAAGAAGAGGGCGACCGCGGUAGGAUGAAGGACCGCGGAUGCAUCCGUGGGUGAUGCGAGAAGAUUAGGCGGAGGUAGGGUGUCGAUAGACGAAGCUGUCCGGAGAUAGAGCUCUUGCGGGGAUACUGAAAUAGGUCUGCUUCCGCACCAAAAUGCCUAAGGCAUAUGAUUUGAUCGAAAAUUUCCAAAACAAUUCAAGGCAUGUCUUAGAAUUGCAUUCUCACCACGUUACCUUUCUCCCAUUUUCUCUCCUUAUUUCUUGUAUAUCUGUUUCAUUUUCGCCUUUUCGGUACCGAGCUGAAUACGCCAGGUUCGCAAGAACUCGCACUCAGUCGUGUACGCGCUCAUUCGCUGGUGUUACUCUUACCAAGUCUACACAAUGGGUGCAUGCUUGUCUUCUCAUCGCUUCGAGGUCACGGGUGCAGAUAUUGCCUUGCAUAGGGAAGCCGAGAAGGAACUCAAGGAGGCCAAGGCAAAAUUGGCGAUCCAAGUUAAGGUCUUGCUCUUGGGAUCUGGGGAUUCCGGAAAGUCAACUGUACUAAAGCAAAUGCGCCUCAUCCACAAAAUCCCCUUUUCACCGCAAGAAAUCGAGUGGUACCGGCAGCUCACAUUCGACAACAUCACCGGCGGCUUGAAGUGUAUCCUCGAUGCGAUGGAAGACAUGGGUCUCAAGGUUUCGGAGAACAACAUUGAUUAUAUCGAUAUCAUCUACAAUGCACGGUACUUGAGGGACGGAGAGCCGUUCCCUUUGGAAUAUUAUAAGCCACUCAAGGCGCUGUGGGCAGACGCUGGCGUUCGCAAAGCAUGGCGGAGAGGGAACGAAGCAGCCUUGCCUGAAAACCUGGAUUAUUUCUUCUCGGACCUAAAUCGCCUAUUCGAUCCCCUAUAUCAGCCAACGGAGCAGGACAUCAUACGUUGCCGUGCCCGGACGAUUGGUAUCAAGGAGACUGUCUUCUGUCUACGAGAACGCGAGCUUACGAUGGUCGAUGUCGGGGGGCAGAAAUCCGAACGUCGGAAAUGGAUACAUUGUUUCCAGGAUGUGACGAGCAUCUUGUUCCUUGUCAGCCUGAGUGGGUACGAUCAGUGUCUGGUGGAGGAUAAGGAUGCUAACCAGAUGCAAGAUGCUAUGACGAUAUGGGAUUCCAUAUGUCACUCGCAGUGGUUCAAGUACACUUCGAUCAUCUUGUUUUUGAACAAAAAUGACCUCUUCGAAAAGAAGGUACCUCAUUCUGAUAUCAAAAACUUCUUCCCAGACUUUGAUGGUGAUGUUGGUGAUGUCCGUGCAGGCCGAGAUUACUUCAGGCGACGUUUUUCGAAAUUGGCGACUAAGGCUCGUCGACAUAAGGAGAGGGAGAUUUAUAUACAUAUAACGACAGCGACUGAUACCGCCAUGCUUCGAGUCGUGAUGGCUGCUGUGGAAGAGUGAGUGCCCCUUUCCCCCGUUCCUUCCCCGCCCAUUUUGUCUUCGACUCAAUCUUCUCCUAUCGCCUUUUCCCUCCCACUCUUUUUCUGUCUAGUGUCAUUCUGCGGAUCAACCUUGCCACUGCGAAGUUGGUCUGAGCGUCGGCCUCGCCUUUUCAUUCAUCUUUUUGUUUUUACACGAUCUGACUUGUACUUUUUCUCACCGUCAUAUGUUGAUACCCAGUUCAAUUAUGUCUGGUAAUAUCCGUGAUGCUCUGCUUUGAUUUGUUAUCCUAUAUCCAUUCACUUUCUGUACUAUCAUUAUGAGAUCCUACGA